UGUACCCUAUAUUCCUGUGUUGCAGGGGUCGGCUACGCCAUCUGUCUGCUGGACAUCUACAUGGGCAUGUACUACAACACCAUUAUCGGCUGGGCUGUUUACUAUCUCUUCGCCUCCUUCCGCUCUGAACUGCCCUGGACUAGCUGUGACAACCCCUGGGUCGGCUACGCCAUCUGUCUGCUGGACAUCUACAUGGGCAUGUACUACAACACCAUUAUCGGCUGGGCUGUUUACUAUCUCUUCGCCUCCUUCCGCUCUGAACUGCCCUGGACCAGCUGUGACAACCCCUGGAACACCCUCAACUGCACUCCUGUCCUCGCCCUGGCCGACAACGACACCUCCUCCGUCAGCCCCGCCAAAGAGUUCUUCGAACGUAGCGUGCUGGAGCAACACAGGUCAGACGGCCUCAACAGGAUAGGACCCAUCAAGUGGUCUCUGGCUCUGUGUGUGAUGGCGGUCUUCAUCCUGGUUUACUUCUCUCUGUGGAAGGGAGUCCGUAGCACAGGGAAGGCCGUCUGGAUCACAGCGCUGGCACCCUACUUUGUGUUGAUAAUUCUGCUGGUGCGGGGAGUCUCACUGCCAGGUGCUGCUGAAGGUAUCCGAUAUUACCUCACACCUCAGUGGCACAAGCUCAAAAACUCUAAGGUCUGGAUCGACGCUGCAUCUCAGAUCUUCUUCUCCCUAGGUCCCGGGUUCGGAACCCUGCUCGCCCUCUCCAGCUACAAUAAAUUCAACAACAACUGCUACAGAGACGCCAUAGUCACCAGCAGUAUCAACUGUCUGACCAGCUUCCUGGCGGGGUUUGUCAUCUUCUCCGUGCUGGGAUAUAUGGCGCAUGUGCAGAACAAAAGCGUGGACCAGGUCGGCCUUGAAGGUCCUGGACUGGUGUUCAUCGUUUACCCCGAGGCUAUUGCAACUAUGACGGGCUCCGUCUUCUGGUCCAUCAUCUUCUUCCUCAUGCUCAUCACCUUGGGGUUGGACAGCACCUUCGGCGGCCUGGAGGCGAUGAUCACCGCCCUCUGUGACGAGUACCCCCGGGUCCUGGGCAGGAACAGGGAGGUGUUCGUGGCUUGUCUGCUGUGCGGAGUGUACGUCUGCGCUCUGCCUACAACCACCUACGGCGGCGUGUACCUGGUGAACCUGCUGAACGUCUACGGGCCGGGCCUGGCCAUCCUAUUCGUGGUGUUCGUGGAGGCGGCGGGCGUCUGUUGGGUGUACGGCGUCGAAAGGUUCUCCUCUGACAUCGAGUGCAUGUUGGGCCACCGGCCCGGCCUCUUCUGGAGACUCUGUUGGGCCUACAUCAGCCCCGUCUUCCUGUUGGUGAUCUUCGUGUUCUCUCUGCUCAGCUAUGAAGAGAUGCUGGCUGGAGACUAUGUCUAUCCUGAGUGGAGCAUCAACAUGGGUUGGCUCCUGACAGCAUCGUCCAUCUCUUGUAUUCCUGUUUAUAUCAUCUACAAGUUCCUCAUCACACCCGGCUCUUGUUUUAAGACACAGACUGGUUCUAACGAGGGUGCAGCAGAGAAGACAGUUGAGGACGUGGUUCCUAUAGGCCCCUAA